UGUCAGUCAUGUGAGCUUUGUGGGCUGCAUCUGACUUUGAUGGUGCUGCCGACAAUGAACUCAGCCUGUCGUGGUUCGGGGCUGUUGUACCCAUCGGACCCGCGGGGGUAGUCUAUCCUGGUCUGACGAGCGAUCGCUUUGUUCUUUCACUCGCGAUUUUCUUGCGAGCAAAGUCCAUCCAAGUCUACACAACUACCCUCCCCAAUGCCCAUGAACCUAGGGCGUCGCACCCUGUGGGCUCUGAUAUCGCCCUCGACCGUCGAUUCGGUCUCAUACUUGGCCUCUCCUCUCCUGUCGUCUGCCGCUCGCCGUGCCAAAACGCGUGGCCGAUACUUGGCUCUCGUGUCCAUUUACAUCCAUGAGCCGGACCUCCCUGCGUCGGUAUUCCCUGUGUGCGCCGUGAACGAUCGCGAAUCCUUGCCGAAACAAUACAUUCCGAUUGCAAGCGCGUGCGGUCCCCGUCUUGCUAUCCAGCCUCGAUUCGCUUGGCGCCACGGCCCUUGCGUCGUAGACACGACCAGAGCUUUUGAGGUCAUACCUGUCUUUGAAACAGCCCUGCCAGGCCUCGAUUCGCCAAAUGCGCUCGACGCCUUGUCUGCUGAGCCUGUGCUAUACUAUCUGUCCGAUGAUAUGGACGCCGUCGAGAGCAAACACAUGGAGAGUAAACGGAUCGAGAUGGAAGAGGCCGGCCCUCGCUUCGCAGAUUUGGACCACGAGUUCUCGCGCUGGAGUGCAUUCGGCUCGUUCAAAAGCACGAAAGCACGCCCCGCACCGGGUGACUGGAGCGUCCCGCUCGCUAUCUCGGCUCGGGUCAGUUUCGACAUAACCGAGAUGGAAGAGACGCCGAUUCCUUUGAGGCCAUUCCACGAAGAGUUCCGAGAUGUCGAGCGGUGGGUGUCAUUUGCAACGAGGCGGUUCCUGAUUACUCAGUUUUUGCUGUGCACGCGCACAUCUCUCUCGUCCAGGUACGAUAACGGUCAUGUUCUGGAGAAUGGGCCAGGCAUUGUGCGGCACACCCGAUAGUCCUCUUGAGCAAGACGUGAGCGACUUGACUGAUUCGACCUUGAUGGAGCUGUGCGCCAGUCUACCCCCAUCCCGACCCAGAGCCUGCGUCAAAGUCGGCUCCGGCGCCUGCUCCAAAGCUAGUUCCAGAGCCUGCGCCAAAGCCGCCCUCACAGCCUGCGCUGAAACCGGCCCCAGAGCGUCUCAGUCGAGUGACCGUCGGGUCCGAGGAUUACAUAGCGCUCAUUGCGAUGGAACAUUCGCUGCUCGCCCAAGAAGAAGAUGACCUUGUCUUUACUCGCAUGUUCGGUCCUGCUUUCACGUCCCGAGAUUUCGAUCAUCUCCCUGUCGUGUCUCCGCCGGACAUCCAGAUCGUCUACGUGGACUUGUAUGGCACUCUCAUCGACAACGAGACAGGCAUCUACAACGCUCUGCUUCCUGUGCUCGACCUGUGCGGUCAAUCUCUGAGUCGAUCUAAGGCUCUCACUCUGUAUUUCGACAUCGAGGACGACUGGAAGAAGAGGUUCCCUGGGCUGAUCUACUCGGAAGUAAUGAGGAAAUCAUACGACGACUUCCGUUUACGGCUCGGACUGGAUUGUAGCCCGGGUGGAGCAGCGAAGUUUCUCGAGUCAUUCUUUGACUGGCCCCUGUUUCCUGACGCCGUCGAAGCCUUGUCCCAACUCGUACCUGGCCUGCUCGUUCUCGCCGGCGUCGCUGACGUUGAUUUCGAGACACUGUCCAAAUGCGUAGCCUUCCAGGCGCUGCACCCUCACUUGACUGAGCUCCUGACGUGGGACGCCGUGAGAUGUUAUCGACCUCACAAGCAUCUUUACAACAUGAUAUUCCGAUACUAUGACACAUCCAGAGUCCCCCGGGCGUGUUGGACGAUGAUCUCCGGCAGUUUGUUUCGCGAUAUCGAGUCGACACGACCGUUCGACGUCUCCGGGAUGUGGGUGAAGCGUCCAGGAACUCUCGCUCGCAACUUUCAGGAGCCAGAUGACGGGAUACCUUACGCGUGGGCGGUCUGCGACGACGUUCUGGAUGCUGCCUCGUGCCUCCUCCGGCACCGGCAGUACAAAUACAGGCCCCAUUGGAAGGUAGAUUCUUAGGGCAUGUGCCUAAAUAUUCGUCGACUACCUUCAGCGCAAUCCCUGUAGGAAAUGACAGACCUGACUCUUUCCUCUCCCGUGCCUGCUGCCCAAUGAUUUCACUAUAUCUUCUUCUGUUACUCACCUCGUGCCGUGCAAGGCUCCAACUCUGUAAUACGACAACGCGGAUGAUCUGAAGAAGCGGUUUCCCUGGCUGUAUCCAAUCUGAGAUACUUACGAGAUCUCAAGCACUUUGUCUAGUUCUUUGAUUUGAGACCAAUCAGCUUGAAUGCGACAAGUUUGUUGCGUCCUUCUUCGACCUGCCUCGCUUUCUCGACUCCUUUGAAGCCAUGUUGCUGCUGAAAUCGCAUUUGGUCGACCUCGCUGGUGUCGUUGAUGCUGAAAUCGGAACGCUAUCUACUCUAGAUGCGCAGCUUCCGCAGUGCUGCAGUCUUUUCGGCAUAUCGUACCGUGAUCUCCGGCAGUUUAUUUCGAGACUCUGAAUCAGCCAGACCGCUGGACGUCUCACGCAUAUGGGUCCGGCGUCAAGGCACACCUGCUAGGAUCUUGAAAAGCCAGAUAACGGUCUCCCGUUCGCGUGGGCUACAUGUUCUGGUCUUCUGGAUGCAGUCACUAGUCUUUGGCAAAACCGGCAAAUUCAAUGCCCGUGGCAUGAUUACUACGAUGGAAGGUCAAUCAAUUGAGCGCUGGAUCGACUCGGCUCCGACCACGUCUAUGUGUCGCUCGUGAAACGCGAAAUCUCUUGAAUGCACCCCGUUGCGAAUCGUCAUGUUGGAUAUUGGAAUCCACCCCAUGUCACAGGUCUGACCACGUGUCGCGUGUUCGGGCUGUUGCCGAAGCACGUCACGACGUGUGAUCCAUCCGCGAUCCAUCUGCCCACCCGAUGCAACGCUGCCACAAUCACGCUCCGGUCGCGGCUGAUGCCCUUUCGUUGCUCGGUCCCCAUGUGCGUCUAUCUUCGACAGAGAUAGAAGCCGGGGAGGAGUUGCGUACUUAGAUGGAUGGGAAUCGCGACAGGCGGAGAUUUCUCUUGGUAUUCGCUACUUGCCUUCUGCCCGUUGCACCCGCCUCCGGUCUCUUUGCCCUCUUUUCCCUUUCUCUGCGUGUGUUCCUUAAUCUUGGGUCCCACCAUGUCGAACACCACUAUCACGACAAGAGUUGGACACGGGGUGCACGGUUGGUUCACGGUGGACAAUACUCUUGGCGCAGUGGUUAUAGGCUUCGCUGCUUCGUGCGUCGUAUUUGGGAUACUGCUCACGCAGGCGUGGUCGUACUUUACGAGGUUUGGCAGGGAUGCCAUCAGGGUGGGUCCUUCACUGCUCUCGUAUCUUCAUGCUGUCGCGACUGACGGAGCGCCUGAUCAGUAUAAACUCCUGGUCGCUGCGAUACUACUCUUUGCGACCGCAGAUCAGGCUUUCAUCAGCCACUUUGUGUACAUGUACUCGGUGCGGCUGGGCGGAAGUCUCCGCGCCGUGGUGAAUGCGCGUACCGCAUGGUGGUCGCUAAUCUUGCAGGAGAUUAUCGGCUCGUUCACGGGCACGCUGGUGAAGUGGUUAGUCACGAUGUCAGUCGCCAUGGAACACACCCUCAUGAGUCCGAACAGCGCCUUUGCCAGCAGGGUCUAUCGAUUCAGCGACAAGAACAUCUGGAUCACGGCCUUCAUUCUCCUUCUUGCGUUCGCUGAUUUCGCUGUCUCCUUGGUGUUUGCUGUGCACGCUUUCACUCUCGAGUCUAUCACGGCUGUGUUUGACCUGCAGGAGAUCGUCACGGUGGCGCUUAGUCUGGGUGUCUUGACGGACAUUGUCAUUGCCCUCUGCUUGAUUUUCUAUCUGUCUCGGAUGCGGACAGGGCACCACAGCUCGGAUUCGCUAGUGCGGCGACUGGUCAUGGGGGCGAUCAGCACGGGCGUGCUCACCUCCGUUGUCAGCGCUGCCACGCUAUUCGCUUUCGAUUUCGUCCAACAUAGCUUCAUCUUUGCGGCUUGUUACUUCCUUCUCUCCAAGCUGUAUGCUGUGUCCUUCCUAGCGACGCUCAACUCUCGCACCAUCACUCACGAGCGCGGGUCCAACGACGCUGCGUCCAGCAUACAAGAGGGACUGACUCGCACUCCGUCCCGGAUUCGAUCUAAGCGAAGCCGAGGGCAGUCGAUGAAUCAAGCCUCUGAAGUCGAGACCAACAUGUUCCAUAUGGGCACUCGCCUGCCCAGUUUCUAUGCCCAAGAAUCGGAAGAAUUGCCGAGUCCAGGGUACGCCUACCAGGGGAACGAGACGGAGGAAAAGGUGCAUUACGAGUCUCCAGCUUAUGCCGUGUAAAAAUGUGCUUCAAAUGGCCCAAGUAUCGCAACCAACUGUAUUACCAAU